UAUCAAGAAAAUGGCAAGUGCGAAUACAGAUUAAACUUAAAUUCCCUGAUGUCUUAGUUUAUUUUGCAGCUCCAUAUGACUUUUAAAGUGAUCGGUUUAGUAGCCUGUCAAUCAAAACUCUAUCAUCAAGCUCGGUUGAGCGUGCAGAGUUUUUCCACGUCAGUGUGUUUACCAAGACCAGAUUGACAGCCGUAGGAAGUGCUGAAUUUAUUCACGAAUGGAGCAUUUUUUGAAGAGUGAAUGAAUAAGCAGUGUUUGGAAAUAUUACGUUAUCAAGCAGUGGAAUGACAGAAAUUAUAGUUUUUCUAUUUGUCGUAGGGAACUGAACUUUGGUCAUCUUCAUUCACUGUUGGCCGACUAGCCUGCAAGCUUGCCGAGCUAGGCUUGCAUUAGCUACAGCAGGACACCGUCUUUGAAAUAGCAGCCACACACAGAAAAGCAGUAUGGUGGACAAGAAUAUCUACAUCGUCCAGGGAGAAAUUAGCACCGUUGUUGGAGCUAUUAAGAGGAACUCCAGAUGGAAUACUCAUACUCCUCUGGAUGAAGAACAGGAUCCAUUACUCAACAGCUUUGGCCACCUCAAGGAAGUACUCAACAACAUUAAAGAGCUGUCAGAUAUUGAACCCAACAUUUUCCUGAGGCCCUUCCUAGAAGUAGUCCGCUCUGAGGACACCACUGGACCAAUCACAGGCCUUGCCCUUACCUCUGUCAACAAGUUCCUUUCGUAUGGCCUUAUUGAUGCUAACCAUGAAGCAGCAGCAGAGGCCAUUGAGAACAUGGCAGAUGCAGUCACACAUGCUAGAUUUGUGGGAACAGACCCUGCCAGUGAUGAAGUUGUUCUUAUGAAAAUUCUACAGGUCCUGAGGACUCUACUGCUGACGCCAGUCGGAGCCCAUCUGACCAACGAGUCUGUUUGUGAGAUCAUGCAGUCCUGCUUCAGGAUUUGCUUUGAGAUGCGCCUAAGUGAACUACUUAGGAAAUCAGCUGAACAUACACUGGUUGACAUGGUGCAGCUACUUUUCUCCAGACUACCCCAAUUCAAAGAGGAGGCCAAGAGUUAUGUGGGUGCCAACAUGAAGAAGUUGAAGAUGCGUGCUGGUGGAAUGAGUGAGUCAUCCAAAUGGAAGAAGCAGAAACGCUCGCCAAGGCCGCCUCGCCACAUGGUCCGAAGUCCCUCCGGUCAGAUGGACCCAACCCAGUCCAGCACCCUCAGCAACAACAACCUUUCAGGUGGCGUCCUGUUCAUUGAGCAAGGCUUGUCCACCUCUAGCUUACCAGCCUCAGACAGUGCUGGCUCAUCGAUUUCCAGCCCUACAACCACAGACAGUGGCCUGGGCACCUGUUCCAAAGCCACCUCCAGGGAAGACCUUUCUGACCUGGAACAGUGUAGCUCAUCUGCAAAUACCCCUAGCAUCGCUACCACACUCCCCGGAACUGAGCACGGCUCUCAAGAUGCACAGUCUGAGGGCAGGCAGGUUGAACCAGCUCAGUCAACCUCAGUGGAGUCUAUCCCUGAGGUUCUGGAGGACAAAGACUCCUUAACAGAGCAGUCAGACAGCACCUCUGUCCAUGACAUGGACUACGUCAACCCUCGAGGAGUCCGUUUCACACAAUCCACACAAAGAGACGGAGCGUCCCUCAUCCCUUAUGGCCUUCCAUGUUUAAGGGAGCUGUUUCGCUUCCUGAUCUCACUGACUAACCCCCAUGACCGCCACAACACUGAUGCCAUGAUGCACAUGGGCCUGCAGCUGCUGACUGUAGCACUUGAGUCAGCACACAUUGCUAACUACCAGUCGUUACUAGGACUGGUCAAAGAUGAGCUCUGUAGACAUCUUUUCCAGUUGCUGAAUGUUGACCGUAUGAACCUCUAUGCUUCCUCCAUACGAGUUUGCUUCUUGCUUUUUGAAAGCAUGAGAGUACAUCUUAAGUUUCAGCUUGAGAUGUACCUUAAGAAACUGAUGGAAAUCAUCACAUCAGAGAACGUUAAGAUGCCCUAUGAGAUGAAGGAGAUAGCUCUGGAUGCUCUGGUCCAGCUGUGGAGGAUCCCUAGCUUUGUCACUGAGCUGUACAUCAACUAUGACUGUGACUUUUACUGCUCCAAUCUGUUUGAAGACCUCACCAAACUGCUGUCCAAGAAUGCAUUCCCAGUGUCAGGGCAGCUCUACACCACCCACCUCCUGUCGUUGGAGGCUCUACUCACAGUGAUUGACAGCACUGAAGCCUAUUGCCAGGCCAAAGUGCUCAACAGCACUGCUCAAAAAGACCAGUCAGAAGCAAUGCUGGCAGAGGGAGAAGGUCCAACCAAAAGUGCAACAGACACUAUAACUGAUCUUAAUAGACUGUGCAACACCAAUGGUAAGAGUCUUCCACAAAUGGAGAAUGCACCAGUAUGUCCACCAACCAGUGGACAUCUGAUGGCAGAGAAGAUGAAACUGGGUAGACAGGAUCAAGGAGAUAAUGAUGCUGCUGAGAAAAGAGCCAUGAAGAAACCUCAACGCUUCUUGUCAUGUUUACCGGAUUCCCAAGAAUUGAUGGAAAUUAGAACCAAAAAAAAGCUGCUGAUCACAGGCACAGAGCAGUUUAACCAGAAGCCCAAAAAGGGAAUCCAGUUUCUGCAGGAGAAAGGCCUCCUCAAUAACCCUAUGGACAAUAACCAGGUGGCCCAGUGGCUCAGAGAGAACCCCCGACUGGACAAAAAGAUGAUUGGGGAGUACAUCAGUGAUCGCAAGAACAUCGAGCUCCUGGACAGCUUUGUUAACACAUUCACCUUCCAGGGGCUUCGUAUUGAUGAGGCCCUCCGGCUCUACCUCGAGGCCUUUAGACUACCUGGAGAGGCUCCUGUCAUCCAGAGGCUCCUGGAAACCUUCACAGACAACUGGCAUAAAGUGAACGGCUCUCCUUUCAUGAGCAACGAUGCAGGCUUUGCCAUGGCCUAUGCUGUCAUAAUGCUGAACACUGACCAGCAUAACCACAAUGUCCGCAAGCAAAACAUCCCCAUGACUGUAGAGCAAUUCAAGAAAAAUCUGAAGGGAGUAAAUGGAAACAAAGACUUUGACCAGGACAUGUUGGAGGAUAUCUACAAUGCUAUCAAGAAUGAAGAGAUUGUGAUGCCAGAUGAGCAGACAGGUUUAGUGAAGGAGAACUACGUAUGGAGUGUGUUGCUACACCGUGGUGCCACGCCUGAGGGUGUUUUCCUCCACCUGACACCGGGCAGCUACAACCAUGACUUGUUCACCAUGACCUGGGGUCCUACCAUUGCUGCCCUCUCCUACGUCUUUGACAAGAGCCUGGAUGACAGCAUCAUCCAGAAGGCCAUCACUGGCUUCAGGAAAUGUGCAAUGAUAGCAGCUCACUAUGGCUUCAGUGAUGUUUUUGACAAUUUGAUCAUCUCCCUCUGCAAAUUCACCACUCUGAGCAAUGAGUCUGUGGAAAACCUCCCUACAGUUUUUGGCAGCAACAGUAAGGCACAGACAGCAGCCAAGACAGUGUUUGACCUCGCCCAUCGGCAUGGCAACAUCCUGAGGGAGGGCUGGAAGAACAUCAUGGACUCCAUGCUGCAGCUGUUCAGAGCCGAGCUCCUGCCCAAAGCCAUGGUCGAGGUGGAGGAUUUUGUGGAGCCAAAUGGGAAAAUUUCUCUUCAAAGAGAGGAAACACCUUCAAAUCGUGGUGAGUCUGCUGUGUUGAGUUUUGUUAACUGGCUGACGUUGAGUGGAGCCGAGCAGUCAGGACUCAGAGGCCCGUCCACAGAAAACCAAGAGGCCAAGCAGGCUGCCAUCCUCUGCAUAAAGCAAUGUGACCCAGAAAAGCUGAUCACAGAGAGUAAAUUCCUACAGCUGGAGUCACUACAGGAGCUAAUGAAGGCUCUGAUAUCAGUCACCCCAGAUGAAGAGACUUACGAUGAAGAGGAUGCUGCCUUCUGCUUGGAGAUGUUGCUGCGUAUCGUUUUGGAAAACCGAGACCGUGUGUCCUGUGUGUGGCAGACAGUGCGUGACCACCUCUGCCACCUUUGCGUCCACGCCAAUGAGAGCUGCUUCCUGGUGGAGAGGGCUGUUGUGGGACUCCUUCGACUUGCAAUUCGCUUGCUACGACGAGAAGAUAUUAGCUCUCAGGUUCUCCUCUCCCUGCGUCUCCUACUGAUGAUGAAACCACAUGUCUUGUCCCGGGUCAGCAGGGAAGUGGCCUAUGGCCUCCACGAGCUGCUGAAGACUAACGCAGCCAACAUCCACUGUACAGACGACUGGUACACACUCUUCUCUCUGCUGGAGUGCAUUGGAGCUGGAGUGAAACCUCCUGCUUCCUUCCAGCUCACCUCCACCACCACUGACAACGACACAGGUGCCCAGUCGGAUAGCGAGCUGUCUUCUCAUCAUCCCAGUGAACUGAGUUUAGACCGCGGCUACACGUCUGACUCAGAGGUCUACACUGAGCACAGCAAGACCAGGAUCUCUCGCUCCACAACUGAUGUGGAUGUAGCAAGCAGUGGAUGGCUUGUGGUUGGGAAAGAUGACCUGGACACGAGUAAGACCCUUACAGUAAGCUCUAAAGCUCAGCUGAAUCACCCACUGGUCAACCAGUACAGUCUGACGCUGGGUCAGGACCUGGGACAGCACGACACAAAGUCUCUCAUUAAAUGUGUGGAAACACUCUCUUUCAUCGUCCGUGAUGCUGCCCAUGUCACCCCUGACAAUUUUGAGCUCUGUGUUAGAGCUAUACGAGUGUUUGUGGAGGCCAGCCUCAAUGGAGGUUACCGCAAUCACGACAAGAAGAAGAGCCACAAGUACGACUCCAAGUCCCGUCUGAGGAAGAAGGCAGGGGGGAGGGAAAAAGAGGGUGGAGGCAGCACAAGGCGAGGUGGCAGCCGAGCAUCCAGCCAGCGUCCAUCACGUUCCCACAGCGACGAGGAGGAGGAUGAGGGUGUCCCAGCCAGUUACCACACGGUGUCAUUACAGGUUAGUCAGGAUCUGUUAGACCUGAUGCACACCCUGCACACCCGGGCUGCCAGCAUCUACAGCUCCUGGGCGGAGGAGCAGCGUCAUCUGCAGGCUGCAGGCAGGAAAAUCGAGGCCGACUCCCAGACUCUAUGGACCAGCUGCUGGUGCCCGCUGCUGCAAGGUAUUGCUUGGUUGUGCUGUGAUGCCAGGCGACAGGUUCGUAUGCAGGCCCUCACCUACCUCCAGAGGGCGCUGCUUGUCCACGAUCUGCAAACACUAGAUGCAACUGAGUGGGAGUCCUGCUUCAAUAAGGUGCUUUUUCCUCUGUUGACUAAGCUGCUUGACAACAUAAGCCCAGCAGAUGUGGGCGGUAUGGAGGAGACCAGAAUGAGAGGCUGCACACUCCUGUCAAAGGUUUUCCUCCAACACCUGUCUCCCUUGCUGUCCCUGCCUACCUUUGCUGCUCUCUGGCUCACCAUUCUGGAUUUCAUGGACAAGUACAUGCAUGCAGGAUCCAGUGACUUACUGUUGGAGGCCAUCCCUGAGUCUCUGAAGAAUAUGCUGCUGGUAAUGGACACAGCAGGGAUCUUUCACAGCGCUGACUCCAAGACAGGAUACUCAGACCUUUGGGAAAUUACGUGGGAACGAAUCGUCUGCUUCCUGCCUCAUCUGAGGGAGGAGCUCUUCAAACAGACUGUCAUACCAGAUCCAGUACCCAGUCCUCCAGCAGAGACUGUGCAGCCGCCACCCCCAGCAGGUCGCCCUCCCUCACCUCAGGUGCCUCUGCCACCUGCCCAGCCACCCUCUCCAGUCCCAGUAUCCCCUGCAGAAACACAAACCCCCAGCAGGCCAGCAUCACCCCAGGAGCCUCAAACAACCAGUGCCACCGGAUCAGACCGAUCAUCUUCAGUCCCACCCUCGAUUCCCCCCAUGCCGGUGCCGUUAACAACAUCCUCUGCCCAGGCUCCCUCACCAUUGAGCCAGUCCCCCCUCAUCCUGCAGCCCCUCGCCUCUCCCCUGCAGGUUGGAGUCCCGCCGAUGUCCCUGCCAAUCAUCCUGAACCCCGCCCUCAUUGAGGCCACUUCCCCUGUACCGCUGCUUACCGGUCCCAGACCUACAAGCCCCUCCGACGAGGUCAAAUAAGAGAACUCAUGCUAACCCAUGCCCCCAUUACACCCUAUUUAACAACUGGACCCAACAGACUUCAACUACAACUUCAAGAGCUGCUUGUCACCAGGUUUCUGAAAUGAUGAAAUAUAUAUGAGAGGACGAAAUAGAUGUGAUACCUCAGUUAUACCACGUUUGUGGCUUACAGAGUGUAAGCCCAGGUUAGAGUUAGGGGUAAGAUUAGGGUUAAACAUCUGACACUGUUAAAAAACACACCAGUUGCUGGUGCACCAUGCAUUCUUUGUGCCAUUUUUGUGUUUGGUAUUUUGUAAUUCCUGUUGAUGAAUUACUAAAUGGAGACAAUGUCCUAUCAUGUUCAGAUAUUCGGGAACAGAAAAUUGAGGAUAAAAGUCAUUCAAGGAAAAAUAUUACAAGUCAAAGUCUGACUGAGGUAAAGUGCAUUCGCUAAAUAUUUAAACUAGAAGCAGGGUUCUAUCUACCAUUGAGAACAUUAAGCUCUUGUCUUCACUAUUUUUUGGAGAGAAUUUGGGUGAUUUGGCAAACUGGGGAGGGUUUAUGUUGUACUGCACAUGGUGAGCAAUGUUUCCGAUGCCGGUAUUUUUAAACUCAUUGCAUUAUAUAUAUUUUAGACCAAUACAAUAACACAAAAAUAAAAAGAUUAAGUAUUUCCCCACCACAGUUUUAUUCUUGGGAGUGUAAGAAAGACUUUAGGGGAUAAGGCUGGUGUUAUUCUAUAUUUUUCUGUGUGUGUUCAUGGUAAUGAAGGAACAUGUCACCCAGUGCAAUAGUGUGACUCACAGAUGUGUUUUUAAUAGGAAUGUGAUAUAUCAGGAUUUAAAUGCACACACGAUACAUGUUAGUAGGAUACUUUCAUGGUGGGUUUUGCUCUGCACAUGGGAUGUGUUGUGUUCGUAGUAAGAAAGAUGUAAAAUAUCACCAGCUGUGGGGGACUGAGUCUCAUGACCUCAGUAUCUCUGAAGUUCUGGCUAUGGCCCUGAUUUCCACACUUUCUCCAAAACAUAACUCCUGAAUGAACUUGAUAUAAACAUUUUCAUAUGUGAGGUGGAAGUAUUCCUAUUAUCAUCCACAUCAGAUUAAUGGAAUUGGUAUAAUCUGUUGUUUUUGUGGAAUAUCAGGUCAGAGGUUUAGUCUAGAUUCAACACCGUCACUCCCACGUUUUCUCAUGGACUUGGUGGAAAUCAUUAUGAAGUUUUCUGUAGAAGGAGCGUCGAGUGUAAGAUACACUUCUCACCUAAAGGGCAUCAUCAUUUCUUUUCUUUCAGAGGAAACCCUCAAUAGAUUUAACUGGAUGAGACCAGACUGACAUGGCUUUGCUUGUAUGCCCGUGCUUCAUCUUAAUAUACAGAUUUCAGAUAGGGAUAGUAAAGAUCCAUACAGGUAAGUUAUUUGGAUUUUAGGCGCUUCAUGUAGUUGAUUAGAUAGGAUUUCCAGAGCUUUGACUUCAGUGGGAUGUUCCAGAGGUCAUAACUCAUAUUUCACCCGCUGUUGUCAGACCACUGAUAAGCAUGCGAUUGAAAACUGUACAGAAGAACUACUUUAUUUAUUUAUCAGUCAGUCUUUGUUUCAGAGAGGCCAAAUUCUUUUCUGUUCUCCUGUAACGUCCAAAGACAGAGACACUGGACUGUACUGUUUAUUUCUACCCAUUUCAUUUCAAUUCUGCAUGAGCUUUUUUGUCCCCAAUGGCAAAAAACAAGCUUUGAUUUUGGACACCUUAUGAAUUCCUUCUCCAUUUAACAAAGACGGAUUGUGUGUACUUGCAAGCCUUUCUCGGAUGUACUGGAGAUGUCACAUCUAUAACAUUCCAAAAUGUACAUACUUGAGUCUGCUGUGAGCUUGCUCCACUGUACAGGAACAGAGUUAGAGAUUGACAUGGUAACCUUUAUGGUUUAGGAUAAAUCAACAAAUAUUUUACAAGCGUUCAGAAUUAAUGUAAUUUCGUCAUGUUUAUGUAGCUUGCUGCAUACAAAAGAUCAUGUGUGGACUUGCAUAAAAAGCCCUAGGAGAGUUUUAUGCAACAAGGCUGGGUUACUGAUCAUAUCACAACAAAAUCUAUGGAAGCAAAUAAUAGCAGUUACUUAAGAACUUAUUGCUAAAUUUAAUCAUUACUGAAUACUUCAUGUUGAAAUUGAAUUACCACUGAAUUUGUAGCAUCUUACUCUGGUUUGAAUUUUUAAGCAGGUCAUUUGAAGUGGUGUAAUUUUCAGAAGCUUGAUUUCAAUUCAAUAACUUUAUUCAUCCGUAGUGGGGCUAUUAAAAAGUAUAUGUAGCAGAGCACAAAAAUACUUAUCUGGGGAGUCAAAAAAGUGGGGUGAUCCACUGCAUGGUUAUUAAUGUUAUGUCUCUAAAUGCGGACAACAGCCUGUCUGCUGUAACGCUAGUACCGGAGAAAGCCAUUGUUAUUCGACGCUUUACGUGUGCAGGGCUUUUGAAACAAACUAGUUAUUUUCUUCACCCCACCGCAGCUUAUUGAAGUUUUGACAAGUGGUGCAAUGUGUGUUGGUCAUCCGGUCUUGUUUGUUGUUGGAGUUAGGUGAUCGGAUAUGAAGUAUUUACAAAAUAUUUCGCCUUUGUCUUGCAAGGCUAAUUAUUUAAUCAAUAAAUCCACAAUGCCCCCAAAUGCUUACCUUUUUUGAUGAUGAACUAUCUACAAGAUCACUCUAGCAUAUAAAUGCUGUCUGGGUGCUGCACUGUACCCUUGUGGUUGAGUUCAGCCUUUUUCAUUCUGUCAACAUGAUUACAAAAAUUGAUUUUUGCCAUUUGUAAAUCGAUUCCGAAUUGUAUAAUAUAAACCCAUUUUUCCGUGCACCCCUGGCACAAAGUAACUAUUUCCUUGUAAUGUUGCGGUACAAGCCUCGUUCUUUACUCACUUGAACCUGUUCAGCAACAUUUGACAUGAUAUGUAGUUGAGGUCUAUGGCCCUUUUUAACAAGACAAAGGUAAAUAAACACAAAAGAUGCAGUAAAGGUCAGCACGACCUGUUGUCAGUCACCAGAACUUGACUUCAUGCAGGAUGACAUUACUAAAACUGUCCAAUAAAAGAGUUAGCUAUCAGUCCAUAUGACUUCAUGUUUACUUCUCUCAAUUGGUUUGCAAAAAGUCAGUGUGAACAUGAACCGCAGCAGAACUAAAAUGCAAGUGUAUUUUUAUUCCUUAGUCCAGACCAAAUGAACCGGACUAUAGGUGUGAGAGAUCUGAUUUUUUUUACCUGACUUCAAUCAUUAAAUCAGAAUUUGCAACUUGAAUACAAAAAAAAACUUUAAAAAACCAACAAAUUUUUGCACUCUGAAUUACCUAUAUUUCAGAGGUGUUAGCAUUUCCACAGUGAGUAUUCAGUUAUGGUUAAAUUUCACAAUUAGCUUUCAGUCUGCUGCAGUUUUCCUACACAGAUAUCUGUUGACAUUCUUGCAUGCUGUCUAUGUCUUGUGUACAGUGACAUGUACCGUGACAAACUGAUUGAAGCUAAAUGACCAUUUUAAUGCCAAAUGUGUGUCUUUGAGUGUGUUGUACAUGUGGAAGGAAAGCUUAACAUCCAUUCAAAGUGGCCCUGGGAUUCUCUCAGUGAUGUUUAAUGUUAAUGUUAUUUAUUGAAUUGGGAAAGAAGAGAGGGACUUUUUCAAUGCAGUACAGUUGACGUAGAUUCAGUGUGUAUAUGUCAGCCAGAUAAAACUACAGCCUUAUAGAGCCACCAACGUCAGACAUUUUGUAAGCUGUGGGUUUUCUUUGUUGUAUGGGACUCUUAGAUAUCAGCUAAUUCUUGAUUCAACAGGAAAUUACAUGAAUAUGGUGUGUG